GUGCCAGGGGCCUGUGUCCGUAUCGCGUGACCUUGACGCGCGGGUCUUCAUUAAAACGAAGCCCUCGUCUCCUCUCUUCUUCCCUUUCGAUCGCAGAUCCCCUAUCCCUUCUCUUCGCAUCCGAGGGGGAGAGAGAAGCAGCUUUGAUCUUUGCGUUCCUAGGAGCUUUAAGGGGAGAUGGGGCUCACGUUCACGAAGCUUUUUAGCCGGCUUUUUGCCAAGAAGGAGAUGAGGAUCCUGAUGGUGGGUCUUGAUGCUGCCGGUAAGACCACCAUCCUUUACAAGCUCAAGCUUGGCGAGAUCGUCACCACCAUUCCCACCAUCGGAUUCAAUGUGGAGACAGUGGAGUAUAAGAACAUUAGCUUCACUGUUUGGGAUGUUGGUGGCCAGGAUAAGAUUAGACCUCUGUGGAGGCACUAUUUCCAGAACACCCAAGGGCUUAUCUUUGUUGUGGACAGCAAUGAUAGAGAUCGUGUUGUUGAGGCCAGGGAUGAGCUGCAUCGGAUGCUUAAUGAGGAUGAAUUACGAGAUGCUGUAUUGCUUGUGUUUGCAAACAAACAAGAUCUGCCUAAUGCAAUGAAUGCUGCUGAAAUCACUGAUAAGCUUGGGUUGCACUCCCUGCGCCAGCGGCACUGGUACAUCCAGAGCACCUGUGCGACAUCUGGUGAAGGGUUGUACGAGGGGUUGGACUGGCUCUCCAGCAACAUUGCGAGCAAGGCAUAAAUUUCUCACUCGUCUUGGUGAGGAGGUGUCGGAGGUGGCGCUGGUGCCACCGUGUCCCAUGAAGUGAGCUUAAACGGACAGAUGGUGACUCCGGGCUUUUCUUUGUUGAUUUGCUACUCCAGAAUUUGAUAGCGUGUACUUGCUAGUGACUGGAACUAUUUCAGUAAUUGUCUUUGUUUAUGACUUUAUGGUAUAUUUUGAAAAUUUAGUUUGGAUCCUCUCUUUCUGUUUC